CAGGUUGGAGCUGUGCUGAUGACUGUAAAUACAGCUGUAUGUGGCUGACAGUGGGACUGUACAUUCAGGAAGGACACAAAGUGCCUCAAUUUUACGGCAAGUGGCCCUUCUACCGAUUCCUGUUCUUCCAAGAACCUGCCUCAGCCUUUGCCUCCAUGCUGAACGGACUGGCCAACUAUGUGAUGCUGGGCAGGUACCAGGCUGCAGUGCCUCUAGAAUCUCCUAUGUACCAUACAUGCAUCUCCUUUGCUAUGAUCACCCUCAAUGCCUGGGUUUGGUCCACUGUAUUCCACACACGUGACACUCCACUGACUGAGAAAAUGGAUUACUUCAGUGCGUCAUCAGUGGUGCUGUAUUCCAUCUACCUGUGCUGUGUCCGGACCGUGGGCUUGGCUUACCCUUGGGCAGCCAGUCUUUUUGGGGCCCUACUCAUUGGAUUGUUCACAUGUCACAUCUGGUACCUCACCUUUGUGCAUUUUGAUUAUGGGUACAACAUGGCUGCCAAUGUCUUGAUAGGGUUGAUUAACCUCCUGUGGUGGCUCAGCUGGUGCCUCUGGAACCGAUGUCACCUCCCCUAUGUGUGGAAGUGUAUGGUGGUUGUCAUGAUGCUGCAUGGACUGGCUUUGCUUGAACUCCUGGACUUCCCUCCAUUGCUGUGGGUGUUUGAUGCUCAUGCAGUCUGGCAUUUCAGCACCAUCCCUGUGCCAUUCCUUUUUUACAGCUUUCUAAUUGAUGACAGUCGGCACCUCCUUUAUGUGAAAAUGGAAUAAGCAAUUGCCUGUGAGCUGUUGCAUCUGAAUGUGAACAUAUGAGACAGUUCUCACUCACCUGCGUGGACAUUACACUGCUCACUACUAAAGCUGACCAGUUGAUGCAAGACAGGAUUCUGUCAAGACUCAGAACCCUGAAGCAGAGGACACAUCUCACUGGGAUGAUGUGCUGAAAGUCAAACUCUGUUAUUCCCAGAGUCAUCACAAAAGUUAAGAUUUUAUCAGAAUAGUUUCCCAGUUUAUCUGCCUUUUUAGACUCUCCUUAACAGAAAAUACAUGCCAGAUUUCUGUAUAAAACAAGAACUAUUAUUUAUUACAAAUAGAUUCGAGCUACAGAUGAACAAAUAUGAACUGUCGACAUAUACUUCAACUAAUUAAAACUCCAGCCCCUUAAAACUCACCUGGCACAGACACAGCCAAACAAAGAAUUGGUGUUAUAUAUGGAAGGAAAAACUGAAGGCAUUUCAAUGGUGUCUGUCUGCAUUGAUACUUUUACUUGUCAGGAUUUGCUGUUUCUCCAUCUUUCUUCAGGAAUGUAUUACUUCCGCAUAGAGGGCACAGAGCAACUAUUUGACAAAUUGCCAGGUCUCUUAGCUAUGGGUUAGAAGCCAGUUUACAGCAACUGUGAGGGAAAACAAAUUGGCUUUCUUUAUGCUUUAACUUUUGUAACUAUAGAGAAAGACUCCACCGCCCUUCCAGAGGUCUGAAUGCCUUUGGCCGUAUCGUUAACACCCACAAGCUGUUCAACUUCUUGGGACACAAACUCAUCAUUGUUGGCAGGCAAAGGGCCUUUGGUCUGUGAACUGUUAAUUAACCUUCCUGCACUACUUGAACAAGCAACCGUGUUUACACCACUUCGAAUGAGUUUUUAAAACAAUUCAUUUCACAUUUAUCUGCAAUUAAAAUCAGAAAUUAAUAAAGAAACUGUCUUGACAAGAGGAAUUUGGGAAAAGAGGAGGAGAGUAGAACUGGCUAUGAUUCUCUUCUAGAGAUUUGGCACAGAGACUAUGGGCCAAAUAACCACUCCCCGCCCAAAAUGCUGCUCCAUGUCCAUUUUUAAUCAGAACCAUUGGUUGGGGAGAUAAUUUUAUCUGAGAUAUUGAAAUCCUAACUGCACUCCAUGUUCUUUUUUGAGAACUGAUUUCUGAGCUGACUGGCUACAUGGCCAGUGUAUACUGUUAUAUUUUAGUUCUCAUUAGGGAACUGUUGUCUUUUUUUUAUUUCUCUGGCUGGUUGCAGCUGUGUUACUUUUGUCCUUUCUAAGUGAGGACAAUGAUGAUUUUGUGGGAGGGCUUGACCCUUGCAUUAUGGCUUUUAGUAUUUGCACUUUCUUAUUGCAUGUUCUUCACUAUCCUAUCUACUUGCGACUCCACUUUCAAGGAACUAUGAACCUGCACUCCAAGGUCUCUGUUCA